AUGGCAAUGGCAUCGACAACGUUAAGCUUAGCAGCACCUCGCCGCUCUAUACAGCCCCAGAACCAGGCCUUUGUCUCCUGCCUAAACAUACUCCCAUCCUCUGCUGGCUCCGUCAAGCGCCGCUCUUUCUUCGCCCAUUCAAACGCAAGCCGUCCCGCAGCUGCUCCGGGACGUGUCACGCUUUUCUGCCGACGCCGUAUCUCCGUAAAGCCUGCACAGAGCAUCUUCUACGGGCUAUUUCUCGCUCAUCCUUUCUUGUCCGCUGUCCACAUGCCGACAUCGUACUCAGCCUUGUCGCGUCAUGCUAUUGAGUAUCUGGAUCCAGCGGAUCCGAAACUGCCCCUCUCGGAGAUCGGACUCCCCCGCUAA